AUGUCUGCUGUCCGCCGGAAGAUCGUAAAGGAGCGCGGCUCGGAGCCCAAUGAGCUGGAGGAGAGCGUCGCCCAGGCCCUGUUCGACCUGGAGGCCACCAACGCUGAGCUGAAGUCCGACCUGCGCGACCUGUACAUCUCCGGCGCGGAGGAGGUUGACGUGUCGGCGUCCCGCAAGGCCCUGCUCAUCCGCGUGCCCUUCCGCCUGCUCAAGCCCUUCCACAAGAUCCAGCAGCGCCUGGUCCGCGAAUUGGAGAAGAAGUUCUCCGGCAAGGACGUGGUGCUGGUGGGCGUGCGGCGCAUCCUGCCCCCCGCGCGCCACGCGCGCCAGAGCGCGCGGCCGCGCUCCCGCACCCUGACCGCGGUGCACGACGCCUGGCUGGGCGACCUGGUGUACCCCACCGAGAUCUCCGGCAAGCGCAUCCGGUACCGCGUGGACGGCUCCAAGGUGCUCAAGGUCAUCCUGGACCCCGUGGACCGCGCCAACAUCGAGUACAAGGUGGAGAGCUUCGCGGGCGUGUACAAGAAGCUGACGGGGCAGGACGUGGCGUUCGAGUUCGCGCCCUCCGAGAAGGCCGACCAGGCUGACUGCGAAAACUUCAGCAGCGGCAGCGUGGACUUCUCGGGGGGAAACCUGACAUUCUCUACACACCCGCAGGGGGGAGCGGCAUGGGGAUCCUACAUUCCAGGUCGCCACACAGAUUCCAACUUUGGGCAGCUCACGAUCACGACCUCUGGGCUGUACAGCGACAGCGAGCAGGUGUACGCAGCGGGAUUCCUUGAGGGAUACUUGACGGCCCAGGAGAUCAGAGACAACUGGCACAACAUGCACACCUACUUUGUGGAGGUCAUGAACGCCUCUGUGCAGGAACCCAUGCGCUGGAUUGAGAAACAGGAUUCCUGGCUACGGGGCGAAUGCUCACAGCAGGCCUCCCGGCCUGCAGCCGACACUGCCGAAGCCAGGUUCUGGUCAGCCACCUGCCUGGCUGUGAGACAGUUUGAUGGACUCAAGCACGGGUACUGGGCUGCAAACGGUGGCCCGGGCCCUGGAAAGUAUGGCCCCAUGUCUGACUGGGACUUCCUGUUCCUCGAAUCGAAUGCUGACUUGUACGAUAUCAUCGACUGGAUGGACCCCAGCCAGCGGCCUUCCUGGUCUGAGGGCGCCAGCUCCGACCCACAUGAGGACGAGGCAGGGCAAAAGGGCAUGGGAAGGCGACACAGGCGUGACUCUCUGGCCACGACGGGAAAGUGCUCGGCCCUGAUCAAGCUGGCGCCAGACCUCUCCGAAAUCUACUUUGGGCACUCCACGUGGGACACAUAUACUGCAAUGCUGCGCAUCUACAAGCACUACAACUUCAACCUGACCGAGCUCCGCCCUGCUGCCGAUCGGAUGUCCUUCUCCAGCUACCCUGGGGAGCUGUUCUCGGACGACGACUUUUACCUCCUCAGCUCAGGGCUGGUGAUGCUGCAGACCACGAACAAGAUCUUCAACGACGAGCUUUUCGAGCUCUUGAGCCCGAGCACCGUGCUGAGCUGGCAGCGCAUCCGCGCCGCCAACUGGCUGGCGAGCAGCGGCGAGGAGUGGGCCGCCCACCUGGCCCGCCACAACAGCGGCACCUACAACAACCAGUACAUGGUGGUGGACCUGGCCAGGUUCAAGGCCGGCCAGGUCCUCAUGCCUGGCCUGCUGGUGGUGGUGGAGCAGAUCCCUGGCCUGGUGGAAAGCGCGGACGAGACCGACAUCCUGGCGGGCGGGCACUGGGCCUCCUACAAGGUGCCCUUCUUCCCCAGAGUCACGCACUGGCUGUCCUACGAGACCAGUCCACGGGCCAAGAUCUUCAGGCGCGACCAGGCCAACGUGCACAGCGUGCGCAGCAUGGCCGGGCUGAUGCGCUCCAACAACUGGCAGCACGACCCGCUGUCGGAGGGCCACCCGCUGUGCGCGGUGUGCGGGCGGGGCGACUUGAUCCCGGAUGGUCCCCUGUCGCGCGGCUGCUAUGACACCAAGGUCACCUCUGCAUCGCAUGCGCGCAAGAUGGUGGCUUUUGCUGUCAACGGCCCCACAGAGGGCCACGACCUCCCACCCUUCGACUGGCGGGAGUUCAAGGGGCAGGGCCUGCCGCAUGCGGGCAUGCCGCAGCGCUUCCAGCACCGCUUUGAGGCCAUGGCCGUCGGAAGCAUGCAGGAGCUGGAGGAGCGGUGCCUGCAUGCCACGGCGGCUAUGUGA